AAACCCUUGUUCCGUUUUGUUUUUUGGGUAUUGAAUCACCGCCACCGUCACCGUCACCGUGAAAUUGCAGCAGAAGGGGAAUAAUAGAAAUGAAAGGCGGAACGAUUCAGAUUAAUUGGCACGACACAAAGCCCGUACUCGCCUGUGAUUUCCAUCCGAUCUCCGCUCUCCUCGCAACUGCCGGCGCCGACUUCGAUAUUAAGCUGUGGGCAACAGUUUCCGGGAUAGAUCAAAAGAAGGCACCUGGAGUUACUUAUCAUAGCAAUCUUUCUUACCAUAGUUCCGCUGUAAAUACACUUCGCUUUUCUCCUUCGGGAGAGCAGCUUGCCUCUGGUGCUGAUGGUGGCGAGCUGAUUUUGUGGAAAUCACAUACUACUGAUGCCGGUGAAGUAUGGAAAUUCCUCAAGUCAUUGGUAUUUCAUCGCAAGGAUGUACUAGAUCUUCAGUGGUCUAGUGACGGGGCAUAUAUCAUUUCUGGUUCAGUUGAUAACUUAUGCAUCAUAUGGGAUGCUAACAAAUGUUCCGUACACCAAAUUCUGGACGGACAUUUUCAUUACGUUCAAGGUGUAGCAUGGGACCCGUUGGAGAAAUAUGCUGCAUCAUUCAGUUCAGACAGAACUUGUCGCAUUUAUAUUAACAAGCAUACUAAGACGAAAGGUGUUGAGAAGACGAACUAUGUUUGUCAACAUGUCGUCUCGAAGGCUGAAUCACAGAUGACCGAUGAAUCCAAGUCAAUUAGAAGCCAUCUUUUCCACGACGAGACGCUGCCAUCUUUCUUUCGAAGAUUAGCCUGGUCACCUGAUGGAUCUUUUCUACUUGUUCCUGCAGGUUCUCACAAAAGUACGCCUACUUCUGAACCUGUCAACACCGCUUAUAUUUUCUCAAGAAAAGAUCUUUCUAGGCCUGCUCUUAUGCUUCCUGGUGCCAGCAAACCAAUUGUAGCAGUACGCUUUUGCCCCCAAAGAUUUCAUUUGUUGGGAACAAACGAAUCUUCAUUUUUCAAGCUACCAUAUCGCCUUAUAUUUGCGGUGGCCACUUUGAACUCCUUAUACAUCUAUGACACGGAGAGCGUUCAACCUAUAGUAAUUGCAGCUGGAGUUCAUUAUGCAGCCAUAACAGACAUUGCAUGGUCACCUGCUGGUAAUUAUUUGGCUUUAUCCUCUCAAGACGGUUACUGCACACUCCUUGAAUUCGAUAAUCAAGAACUCGGUUUGCCUAUACCAGAAGAAAAGAAAGUCGUUAGUGAUGCAAAUAAGAGCCCUGUUCUUCCAGACGUUGUUGAAGAGAAUAAAACUAUCGACAAGAAUAAUAAAACUGCAAAUGUAGAUAGUGGAAAAGAAAGAGUCGAAAAUUCCGAAAAGGAGAAGGGUGAGAAUAACAAGGAUGGUGAAGAAGCUUCUUCACCAAGUACAAGAGAACCUCCGAGUAAGCCCGCUAAGAGGCGCAUUACCCCCAUGGCUAUUGAUUAAAUUUACUAUCUCCUCUUCUAUGUAAGUUACGCAUUGUUUCGUAUUACCACCUUUUUGUUUGGGAUUUUUCUGUUUAGAUCUUUCGACUUUUUCCAGAAAUUGUACCGAAUCAUCCGUUACAAAUUUAUGAUAAUGCUUUUACCUCCA